CUUUAGUUCGCCGGAACUUGGGCUUCUGCUUCCGGGUCGGAGCCAUGGCGGUGGCAAAUUCAAGCCCCGUCAACCCUGUCGUGUUCUUUGAUGUUAGCAUUGGUGGUCAGGAGGUUGGACGCAUGAAGAUUGAACUAUUUGCAGACGUUGUGCCUAAGACAGCUGAGAACUUUAGGCAGUUCUGCACUGGAGAAUUCAGAAAAGAUGGGGUUCCAAUAGGAUAUAAAGGAAGCACUUUCCACAGGGUCAUAAAGGAUUUCAUGAUUCAAGGUGGAGAUUUUGUUAAUGGAGAUGGUACAGGAGUUGCCAGUAUUUACCGGGGGCCAUUUGCAGAUGAAAAUUUUAAACUUAGACACUCUGCUCCAGGCCUACUUUCUAUGGCAAACAGUGGCCCCAGUACAAAUGGCUGUCAGUUCUUUAUCACCUGCUCCAAGUGUGAUUGGCUGGAUGGGAAGCAUGUAGUGUUUGGAAAAAUCAUUGAUGGACUUCUAGUGAUGAGAAAGAUUGAGAAUGUUCCUACAGGCCCCAACAAUAAGCCUAAAUUGCCUGUGGUAAUCUCACAGUGUGGGGAGAUGUAGUCUAGAUGAAGACUGAUUUCAGGCCUUCCCUUGCCCCGGAUGAUGUUCGAGUUCCUGGUUUUGCUUCACUGCCUGCCACUGCUUCGUUGGAUAAAGAGACCAUGGAAGUACACAGACUAGAACUACCAAGAUUAUGUUUAAAUUUUCAAUUGUAAAUAAAGGAUUUUUUU